ACAGCUGCUGCAAAUCGGGCGUGAGGCAGCAGUCGCGUAUGAGGGGAGGAAGUCUGAAUCCUGCUGCUGGCAGGAGCGCAGGAUAAUCAUGGAUAAACCCGAAAACCCGCCGCUCUAGGCUAAAUCGGACCACACCCGAACCAGAAGACAGGGAGAUAAAUACUGAAUCCCGCCUGAGCAGAGACCGAGAAGGCGAAAGGGGGCUUCCUCUGGUCCCUCCCUGCUGGAAGAAAUGUGGCUGAACCCGGAGGAAGUUCUGCUAAAAAACGCUUUGAAGCUCUGGGUUACCGAGAGGAGCAACGAUUUCUUCCUUCUGCAGAGGAGGAGAGGCCAUGGAGGGGCGACAAGCAAGAUCACAGGUCUCUUGGUGGGGGCGUUAGACACAGUUCUGGACUCCAAUGCCAGGGUCACACCCUUCCGCAUCCUCCUGCAGGUUCCUGGCUCCCAGAUCAGCUGGGUCAUCGCCAGUGGAGCUGCCAUAGAGGAGGUGAACAAGCACUGGGAUUGGCUGGUCCACAACCUGCUUCACUCACUGUCUGUGUUUGAGAACAAGGGGGAUGCUGCCAGCUUUGUCAAAGGAAAAGUCAAGGGCCUUAUUGCAGAGGAUGUCCGGGGUCGCCAGGCUGCCCAGGAAGAAGAACCGGAGAAGUUCAGGGAGGCGCUCCUGAAGUUUGAGCGGCACUUUGGCCUCCCUUCAUCGGAGAAACUGGUGACAUACUACUCCUGCUGCUGCUGGAAGGGCCGGGUGCCUCGGCAGGGCUUCCUCUACCUCAGCAUCAACCACAUGGCCUUCUACUCCUUCCUGCUGGGGAAGGAAGUAAAGUUUGUGAUUCCCUGGGCAGAGGUCACACGGCUGGAGCGGGUCUCCACCGCGCUUAUGACAGAGGCUGUUCGGGUCAACACACGACAGCGGCAGAGGGAGUUCUCCAUGUUUUUGAACCUGGAUGAAGCCUUCGGGGUUAUAGGUCAGCUGGCUGACAUCGCCCUCAGGCGCCUGCUGGACAGCGAAGGCCUGGAGCUGGACCCAGCACUGCAGCAGCCAACACGAAUCACCAAGAGGAUCCUUGAGGAACAAGCAUUAAGAGAAUACAUCCUGGCUUUGUUUCGGCUCCCUCGUGCAGAGAAACUCUACGAAGUGGCCUCGUGUUCGGUGUGGACGCCGCAUGCCCGUUGCCACACAGCCGGGAGCCUCUACACCACCGACAGCAAUCUGUGUUUCUCCAGCCGAGAGGAAGGCAGCUGCAUUCUGCUCAUACCCCUAUCAGAGGUGUUGUCUAUAGAGAAAGCAGAGAGCACCACCCUCCUCCCAAACCCAGUAAUAGUGAGUGUUCGGACUAAAAAGGCCUUCCAGCUGAUAGAGCUGCAGGACAGAGACGAGCUGGUGGAGAACAUGAACUCCAGACUUCGAGCUUUGCAAUGGAAACAGUCAAUGUUCCGCAGAAAGAAAGAUGGCAGGAGAAGUGUGAAAUCUCCAACACCUUACUACACCUUCUACUAUGACACUGGAUGCUCUGAUGAAGAGGGGAUAGAAGAGCAGGUCCUGCGUAACACGGUCAACAGCGAAGCUCUCAUGACGGCUUUCCACCAAAGCCAGAUGGGAACCGAUGGCAACAAGAGUAUGGAACCGGUGAAGGAGCGACUGUGGGAGGAUCAUUUCUUAGAGUAUGGCCGCGGUGUCCACAUGUUUCGCACAGAGAAGAUCCAAAGGCUGGUUGCCAUGGGGAUACCGGAGUCGUUGCGAGGCGAGCUGUGGAUGGCGCUUUCUGAUGCAUCCUCUGAGCUGGAGUCCCACCAGGGCUACUAUGCCAGCCUGGUGCAGAAGUCAAUGGGCCAGAGCAGCCUGGCCACUGAGGAGAUAGAGCGCGAUUUGCACCGCUCCCUGCCAGACCAUCCGGCUUUCCAAAACCCUACCGGGAUUGCUGCACUCAGGCGCGUCCUCACUGCCUACGCUCAUCGCAACCCCAAGAUUGGAUACUGUCAGUCAAUGAACAUCCUGGCAUCUGUCCUGCUGCUUUAUGCCAAAGAAGAAGAAGCUUUCUGGCUGCUGGUGGCUGUUUGUGAGAGGAUGCUGCCUGACUACUUCAACCGCAGGGUCAUAGGAGCUCAGGUGGACCAGUCAGUGUUUGAGGAGCUGAUCAGGGAGCGUUUGCCAGAGCUGGCUGAACAGGUCCCAGACCUUUCCACCCUCUCCUCUGUCUCCCUGUCCUGGUUCCUCACCCUCUUCCUCAGCGUUCUGCCCUUCUAUAGCGCCAUCUGCGUGGUGGACUGCUUCUUCUUCAUGGGAAUCAAAGCCAUCUUCCAGCUUGGUUUGGCUGUACUGGAUGCCAACGCUGCACAGCUCUCUGUGUGCACGGACGACGGACAGGCACUCAUGAUUCUCACCAGUUUUCUGGAGCAGGUUGGAAGUGAAGGGUUACCACCGUCCUCCCCGCCUGCAGCUGUGGAGAGCAGCUGCAGUGACCCGGAUAUUCCUGCUGUGGGACACAUAAACAUCACCGACCUCAUCAAUGAAUCCUUUGAGAAAUUCGGAGACCUGACGGUGCGUCACAUUGAGCGUCUUCGGUGUUUACACAGAAUCCAAGUGCUGCAGGCUCACGAGGACACCACCAAAGAAAAUACAUUGCGUCUCGUGACUUCAGAUGUUUCCAUCUCUCCAGAGAAUCUGUCUGAUAUCUACGACCUCUUCAAGAUGGAGCACUUCAUCAGUCUGUACUGGGGCGACAGCAGCUCUGCAGCAGCAGCAGAAGCAGCAGCGUGGCAGUACAGCGACGCUAAUCGCUCUUUCAUGGAGCGGCAGUAUCGGCUGGACCGACCCCAGUUCAAAAGCCUGUAUGAGCUGCUGGCGCCGUGGUCUGCCGGCGCCAACCAACACACAGACACACUGGCCAACCGCACCUUUACCCUGCUGGACCAGGACCGUGAUAAUCUGGUUGCAUUCAGAGAGUUUGCCAGCUGGCUGGACACUUUAUACUGUGAGGAGCUAAAUGAAAAAAUAAGGCUGCUGUACCGUCUUCACAUCCCUCCAGCUCUGACAGAGAGUGAGGAUGACCCGUCUCUAAGGAGCCCCCUGCUGUCCACAAACAGACCUCUCUAUGUCAAUCUGCCCUCUGACAGUGAGGGUGGAGUAAAAGACUACCAGGAGCAGCUGAAGCAGAUGCUGCAGGAAUUGACCAAUGAGAAGGAGAAAGAUGUGGAGAAACCGCUGCCACUCAUGAAUCAGCGAGAGUUCAUCCAGUUCUGUAAGACGCUCUACAGCAUGUUCCACGGUGACCCGGAGGAAAAUGAACUCUUCCAGGCCAUUGCCACGGUAACCAGUCUUGUGCUGCAGAUUGGCGAGGCCGGCCACCGAGGCCAAAGCUCAGCGUCAGGCGUUACCAACCAAGAGGAAGCAAAAGCAGCAGAAUCGGAUGCCAGGAUCGGUGGAAACACAAGUGAUGGGAGUCUAGCGGCAGACAACGAGUGGACGAUCAGCUACGCUCAGAUCCUGGCGUCGCUGCUGACCGAGCAGGCGCUGGUGAACUUUUUUGAGAAGCCAUUGGAUUUGUCAGCAAAAAUCGCAGAGGCCAAAGAGAAUCAGUACCAGCAGCGGGCGGGUUUACUCUCUCUGCAGGAAGGGACCAGGUGACUCCAGUGAGCUACAACACAAGCCAAAUAUCAGGAGGAAAAUGAAGAAUAUUAACAGUAUCAGUAUAAAUUAUUAAGAUGUCAGCGUCAGAAGCCUUAACCUUAUUUGUGACAUGUUAACAUUACGCUGGAAUUUCACAAAACUUCUUUAACCUGUAAUCUGUUUUUUUUAGAACCUUUUGAGCCAAAACACUCAGCUUUGACACCACCUCUUAGCAGCAGUCCAUUUAUUGGUCACCUCGCUGGAUCAGACAUCAUUAAUAUCAAAUUGUAUUUUUCAUUUAGUGCUGUGAACCUUGAGAAAUUGCCUUCUUUUUUCACUAUAAGGAUACUUGCAUUUAUACUGGAUAUAAUCUGUCACCAUCAGAUACCCACAAUAAAAUGUUUCAGGUUAUGAUACAAGUUCCAGGAGACUGCCUUAUGAGAACGUUUUACCAGUAAACCUUACAAAAAAUAUUAAGCUACAUGUUCUUUUUGUAAUAAUUUUAUUACUAAUGUUUGUUUUAAUUUGAAGUAUUUUCACAUGUUCACUCUUUGAUUUUUCUUUUCUGGUAAAUCAAAACAGUGCUGUUCAAUAAAUAAAUGAAUUUCAUC